AUGAAGAACGCAGGUUACCUCGCGCUCAGCGCCAUCUUCAGCUCGGCCCUCGCCGUACCCAUCACCAACGGCACUGUUCGCUUCAAUGUCGCCAAGUUGGAUGGCUCCAGAGUGGGGAGGAGUGAUGUCAAUAUCCUCACAUUCGCGCUCGCUCUUGAAUAUCUCGAGACAGCCUUUUACACUGAGGCAGUCGAGAAGUUCUCCGCUGCAGAUUUUGAGGAUCCCAGUCUCUAUGAUGACCUCGUACGCCUAGCCAGGGACGAGCAAGUUCAUGUCGACGUAUUGUCGCAGACCCUGCAGCAGCUCAGACAAGACGUUCCAGCGCCAUGCCAAUACUCAUUCCCUUAUGACAGUCCCGCGGGGUUCAUUACCUUGGCUAGUAUCAUCGAAGGUGUUGGUGUCAGUGCCUAUGCUGGCGCAUCGACCUCGAUCCGCAAUCCGAACGUUUUGAGCAUGGCCGCUGCAAUUCUUCCAGUCGAAGCUCGCCACGAUGCCAUACUCCGACUUGCUGCAGGUAUCGCACCAUAUGCCAGCCCCUUUGACGUUCCUCUGGACUUCAAUCAAGCCUGGUCGCUUGCCUCCCAGUUCAUCGUCCCAGGUAGCUGUCCAGCUGGCUAUGCAGGACUUCGGUUGACAGCUUUCCCACCACUAGCGCUAGUUGCAACAGACAACACCACUGCAGGUGCAGUACAAGCAGGUGAUACCAUUACACUGAAAGCGGAUAUGUCUUUACAAGAAGAAGGCGCCUCCCUCUCACUGAAAGCGGACUUGUCACUCUCACACUCAGAGAAAGCUCGUCACCUUGAGCAUCGCCGUCAUGUACCUCUCCACCAAAGAAGCCACGAACGACGUGCCAGGCGUGAUCGAACUGUGUAUGCAGCCUUUUUGACCGCCAUGGGUGCUACCAUGAUGGAAGUGGAAGUGAAGGGUAACACAGUGACUACAACGGUGCCUGAGGGUAUUGCUGGUCAAGUCUAUGUGAUUCUCACCACUAACAGUAGAAACUUCCACGAUCGAUACACCAUCGCUGGACCGGCGAUUAUCGAGGUGGAGGAUCAGCUAACUGCUGAGGGAAGCACCGCUGAGGAGGAACAAUGA